AUGGUGGUGACUCAAAAAGUGUUCUGGGAGUGUGCCGAAACGAUUUUCAGCGUUUGCGACAUUGCGAGCUGCGGUGGGCGAGAGUACAGAGAAGAACGACGCGGCACUGAGGACGCAGAGGAAAUCCAUGCAUGGAACGGGACGAAUGCGUGUGUGGCGAGAGAGGUUGGAAUAACGGACGACCGGGACGACGGGGGAUAUGGGCCGUCCGUCGAACAAGUGCACGAGCUGGAAGGGGGUGAAGACGGGCGGAACGAGCGAUCGCCAACAGGACCAACAGGGACCACGAGCGGGAGCAUCUCUUUCUCCCUCCCUCUUUCUCUCUCUCUCUCUUUUCAGACCCACCUCAAACGGGCGACUGCGUGCGUGGCGAGAACGGUCGGGAUAGCGGACGGGGACGACGGGGGAUAUGGGCCUUCCGUCGAACAAGUGCAGGGGCAAGAGCGGAGCAUAGAACUUACACACUGUAAAUUACCUGGUGGAACGGGAGGAGUUGGGCUACCACUAAUCGUACCGGCAACCAUGUGCUGCAUGCGUUCGAUUGGCGAUCGCGCCGCUGACGAAGGUCGAGGCGCCAACGUGGUGCUUAAGGUUCACAAACUCUUACGAUGA